AUGAAGAACUACUGGGACACUCUGCUGGGAAAUGAGCUUCCAUCCUUUUGGAGAAAAAUCCCGUACACAGCAGCUGUCAUCAUAGCGGUCCAUACCCUGGAGUGUAAGGUCGUCUUCGGGUGGAAUGCUGGCUUCCACACCCAAGAUCCGUUACCGUCUACGCAGCUCGGAAUUCGUGCCUCCGUCUACGCAGCAGCCAUGCCGCCGUACACCAUUGUCUACUUCCCAGUUCGAGGGCACUGUGAGGCCAUGCGCAUGCUACUGGCUGACCAGGACCAGAGCUGGAAGGAGGAGUUUCAGGAUGGAGACCUUACCCUGUACCAAUGUAAUGUCAUCUUGAGGCACCUGGGCCGAUCCCUUGGGCUUUAUGGAAAAGAUCAGAAGGAGGCUGCCCUGGUGGAUAUGGUGAAUGACGGGGUGGAAGACCUUCGCCUGAAAUACAUCACCCUCAUCUACACCAAAUAUGAGGAAGGGAAGGAUGACUAUGUGAAGGUCCUGCCUGGACACCUGAAACCUUUCGAGACCCUGCUGUCCCAGAACCAAGGAGGCAAAGCCUUCAUCGUGGGUGACCAGAUCUCCUUCGCCGAUUACAACUUGCUAGAUCUGCUGCUGAUCCACCAGGUCCUGGCCCCUGGCUGCCUGGACAACCUCCCCCUGCUCAGUGCCUAUGUGGCACGCCUCGGUGCCCGGCCCAAGAUCAAGGCCUUCCUGUCCUCCCCUGACCAUGUGAACCGUCCCAUCAAUGGCAACGGCAAGCAGUAAUGUAG